AUGACAUAUAAUUUCAAAUGUUAUCAAAACAAUUUUCUGUUCAAUAAUUUAAAUAUUACUUCAUUCGGAGAUUGUUUUGGUUCUGUUAUUGCUUGUAUGUCUUUUGCAUUAUUAAUUGAAUUAAGUCGAGGAAUCGAUCUUUAUCUUCGAAAUUAUUCAGUAACUGGUAAUCAUCCUCGAUCACAUUCAUCAUUAAAUCAAUUAUCAGAAAAAACAAUACGAAAGCGACGAUUUGGUCUUCAUAUUGUACGUACACUCGUACGUUUAGUUCAAACAGCAUUAAGCUAUAUCUUAAUGUUAAUGGUUAUGAAUAAUUUUGUUGGUUUUCUUUUUUCUGCUGUGAUUGCUCUUGGCAUUGGUUAUUAUCUUUUAAAUGGUGUUCAUCCAUAUACACGUAGUGCUAAUCAUGUUCAUAUAUCAAAUGCAAAUAGUGAGAUAACUAAUCCAACAGAUAUUACAAAUGAGAAUGAAGAAAUUUUACAAGAACCAGUCACAACAUCGCCAAAUACAAGAACAUUACAUAUAAAUACUUAA